GCACGAGGUAACGCUAUUGGUCAGUGAAUGUGCGUCGUCUGAUUGGUUGAGCUUCUUAGCUUGUAUUAUUUCUGCUGUUUGUCGCGUGUCUAAUUUAGGUUUUUAAUUUUAUUCAUUCAUGUUUAUUCCCCAAUGUAAAGCAAAAACAUUUUUUGUUCAUCUUGUGUCUGCCAUAUUAAAAAUACACCUUUGGUUGUCAGGGAUCUCAAGUUUUGAAGACAGGCAAAUAGCAAACCCCCCACCCCCCACCCAAACACAACAAUGACUGAUCAUUUAUGAAUGAUUUCAAAUAGAAAAAAAGUUAAAUUAAAGCUAAAUUAGAAAGCCUGGAAACUGCCUUAUAUGAUAUGAAUGAUGAUUAUGUGAGAUAAAGUCUGUCUCUAAAACUCCGCCUACUAAGGAAAUGUUGAGUCUGAGACAAAGGCUGUAUUCUUAAGUGAAAGUGGAACUCUGACAGUUUGGACCGGAAAAGGAAAAUGGCAUCUAAUUUUAUGGACGAGGAUUUCUCCUGUCCUGUGUGCUGUGACAUCUUCAAGGAUCCUGUUUUACUGCACUGCAGUCACAGUGUCUGUAAAGUGUGUCUGAAAAAGUUCUGGGAGGUCAAACGAGCAAGAGAAUGUCCUAUUUGCAGAAAAAGAUCAUCCAUGAAGGAUCCUCCCUUAAACUUGGCGUUAAAGAACCUGUGUGAGUCUUUCUUACAGGAGAGACGUCAGCAAGGUUCAUCGGUGUCUGAAACAAUCUGCAGUCUGCACAAUGAGAAAUUCAAACUCUUCUGUCUGGAUCAUCAACAGCUGGUGUGUUUGGUGUGUCGAGAUUCAAGAAAACACAGCGACCACAAAUUCUGCCCCAUUGAUGAGGCAGCAACAGACUUUAAGGAGCAGCUCAAAACUGCACUGAAGCCCCUACUGGAGAAGCUGAAGAACAUUAAAGACUGUAAACUGAUCUGGAGUCAGACUGCAAAACAUAUAAAGAGUCAGGCCCAAUACACAGAGCAUCAGAUUAAGGUGCAGUUUGAGAAGCUUCACCAGUUUCUACGAGAAGAAGAGGCAGUCAGGAUCGCCGCACUGAAAGAGGAAGAGCAGCAGAAGAGUCAGAUGAUGAAGGAGAAGAUUGAGAAGCUGAGCAGAGACAUAUCAUCUCUUUCAGACACAAUCAGAGCCAUAGAAGAGGAGAUCAGUGCUGGAGACGUCCUGUUCUUACAAAACUUCAAGGACACAGUGAAAAGAGCCCAGUGCACACUGCAGCAUCCAGAGGAGCUUUCAGGAGCACUGAUCCAUGUGGCAAAACAUCUGGCAAACCUGAAGUUCAGAGUCUGGGAGAAGAUGCAGGCCACUGUCCAAUACACUCCUAUAACUCUGGACACCAACACUGCUCAUCCUAAGCUCAUUGUAUCUGAUGAUCUGACCAGUGUGAGAAGCAGUGAUGAGAGACAAGAGCUUCCUGAUAAUCCAGAGAGAUUUGAUGGAUUACAAUGUAUCCUCGGCUCCGAGGGCUUUAACUCAGGCAAGCACUGCUGGGAUGUUCAAGUUGGAGACUGCACACUGUGGAUAGUGGGUGUGAUGUCAGAAUCCGCUCAGAGAAAGAACGAUAUAUUGCACAGAAGUGGAAUCUGGUAUGUGGUGUUUAAGAUCAGUGAGUAUAGAGCACGUUCUACACCACAACCGUCCACACCCCUCUCAAUAGCACAGAAAAUCCAGAGGAUCAGAGUACAGCUGGACUGGGAUGAAGGGACUGUGUCAUUCUCUGACCCUCUGACUAAUACACACAUAUGUACAUUCACACACAGAUUUACGGAGAAAUUGCUGCCGCUUCUUUCUACUGCGUGUCUAAUGUCUCCCUUAAAAAUCCUCCCAUUUAAAUGAGUGAAGUGUUAGAGCUAAACAUAUCAGAAUAAAAUAUUUAUAUCCAAAUUGGAGGAAGGGUUUAGGAAUUAUAGCCGCCACCCCCCCCUUAUUUUUUUCCAAGAGACCAAAAGUAAUUGGACAAUUGAAUCAAAAGCUGCUUCAUGGACAGUUGUAGUUUAUUCUAGAGGUCUUCUCGGGUCUAAAGAAAUGUACCCGACCCCAAGUGACCCGAAUCACUUUUUACCCGACCUGCAUAAUUUUUUUUUUUUUUUUAAGAAAGACCCGACCAAAGACAAACCCGAA